GAUUAAUUUAUUCGUAAACAUGGCGUCUUUAUGCAGGUUCUGUCUUCGAAAACCGGCAAAUGUUUCCACUGUUGCCAGGGUAAUUUCAGCCCGAUAUGCAACGUUUACUGAAGAUGACCUACCAGGUACCUUCCCCAAAACCCCUCAAGAGAGAGCAGCAGCAGCUAAGAAGUAUGGUAUGAGAGUAGAGGACUAUGAACCCUACCCUGAUGAUGGACUAGGCUGGGGGGAUUACCCCAAAGCUCCAGAUAUUCAUGAUGAUGAUAAAGAUCCCCAUGCAGAUUGGGACUUCCCAGAAGAAAGGAGGAAUUUUGGAGAACUUGUACAUAUAGAACAAGAUUUGCUGUCCCGUGCAAGGCCCAACAUAUAUGCAAAAUCCAGAAUACCAUUUAACCAGCAAGUUAAGAUGCUAGGUGCAGUGUUGGCAACCCUUGCUGUGUUGUUCUGGUUUGGUGGAAAAUACAAAAUCUUCCAACCAGUGGGCCCUAAGCAGUACCCAUACAAUGACCUGUGGAUAGAGAAGGGAAACCAACCUGAAGAUGCUGCUGAGCCAAAGAAGCACUAUGUCAUCUAGUGGACACACUCUUGCUGGCAAGCUGUGAAUAAUAGAUUUUUAUUUGAAAAUGAAAGAAACGUGGUCAGCAUUGACCCAUCCUAUCCUCAUCCACUCUCUGUCUCAUUUACAAUCCAAGUAAAAUCACUUGAAGAUCUGUUUGAAUUGUGUCGAAUGUUGUCACAGAACCUUGUCAUAGAAAUCAGUGCUGCUUUCAAAAGGUAUUGACAGAUGUGGAAAUUGUUGCUGUAAGACCAGCUAGUUGAGUUGACUUAGCGUAGAUGUGAUCUGGAGAACAUGAAACCAACAUCUUUAAUUUUGUGUGUUGUAGAAGGUUCACCUGACUGGCUCCUUCAAAUCCAAAGCUUUUGGUCUUAGUUUUUAACCUUCUUUAAAACAUAGGGAAGAAAAAAUUGCAUGAAUGUUACAUAAUAAGUGGAUUACUCACUGUGUGUUAAACAGUAAGUUUCAGGUGUUUAUUAUAUUUAUAUACGUUUAUUUCAGAGACUUUAAGAACCAUUCUGCUGUGGAAAGCUCGGAAACGUAGAAAAAGACAGAUGUCACUGAAGUUGUGAUCCAGUGCUGAAUUCUCCAAAUCACAAAUGGUCAUUUUAAUUUUAGUGGUAUUAAUGAUGAUCAGAGUGACGGUGCAUUCACAUUCACAGUGAACAUUUCCUCCCACUCUGACCUUUAGACUUAUUCCAGAAGACAGCAUUAAUUUGGUAAUAUUACACUCAUGUCCAUGUCAAAAAUUCUCUACAGCUUGAGGUGUGGGUAACACCCUGUUUGUGAAAGAUUCGAAAUGUACAUCACACGUAAAAUCUACCUGAGCUUGUGACCAUAAAUUGAAAAGUAAUACAUCCUUUCGGAAGGAGUAGUCUUUGUUUCCUAUCCCUUUACACUGGAAGAUAUUCAUACAGAUUUUUUUUUUUUACGACCAAAGUGUACCUAGGCACAAACUGGAAUUAAACCUGUCUUCAAAAUCAGUGUCAUUUCACACAUCAUCACCUAUGAUAUUGAUACCCUGACACUUUGAUUAAAGCUGAUUUUUUUAACCUUUCAGUAAUAAUUUGUGAUUGGCUCUGCAGAAAAGGCCCUUGGGUUUAUGUGUGACAAACUGGUUUUCAGUGAUGCCCAUGGAUAGAGAAAGGCAUUUUAAGAAGAAUUACAUUUGUGUAUUUUUGACCUCUAUUGUACAUUCUUUCUCGAGAUACAUUAAAAUUUAGAAUUGAUCCCUGGCAGAUGUAUGGAAUGUUCUGUUACAUAAAGAGGCGUAGCAUGACUUAAGGGCCUAUUUUGCAGAGGUCACAUUUGUGAUCAGCAGGAACCUCCUGAGGUUGUAAAUAAAGUCGGAGUUGACUGCUCAGUUGAA